AUGUCGAACGUGAGCCUAAAACGCGACGUGAACACCAUGCUAGAUUGCGGUCCCGUCGCCGCCCCUAUCAGCCCCGUCGCCGCCGCCAGCGGCCCCGUCGUCGACCUCUCAGGCCCCUCGCGGCCCCUUCGCGGCCCCGUCGCCGCCCCUAUCGGCCCCGUCGCCGCCGCCUGCGGCCCCGUCGCCGCCCCUAACGGCCCCGUCGCCGCCGCCAGCGGCCCCGUCGCCGACCCUAGCGGCCGCGUCGCCGCCAGCGGCCCCGUCGCCGACCCUAGCGGCCCCGUCGGCGCCAUCGGCCCCGUCGCCGACCCUAGCGGCCCCGUCGCCGCCCCUAUCGGCCCCGUCGCCGCCUCGAGCGGCCCCGUCGCCGCCACUUGCGGCCCUCUCGCUGCCCCUUUCGGCCCCUCCUCGACCCUGCCCCGGCCCGGCCCCGGCCAUGCCCCGUCGCCAGCCGCGGUGCACCGGGGGCACGUGCACUGCCCCCCCCCCUUUUCCCGUCGCCUAUUGAGGCGACCUGAGGCGGCCCCGUCGCCGCCCCUAUCGGCCCCGUCGCCGCCGCCAGCGGCCCCGUCGCCGACCUCUCAAGCCCCUCGUGGCCCCUUCGCGGCCCCGUCGCCGCCCCUAUCGGCCCCGUCGCCGCCCCUAACGGCCCCGUCGCCGCCCCUUUUGGCCCCGUCGCCGCCGCCAGCGGCCCCGUCGCCGAUCCUAGCGGCCCCGUCGCCGCCAGCGGCCCCGUCGCCGACCGUAGCGGCCCCGUCGCCGCCCCUAUCGGCCCCGUCGCCGCCUCCAGCGGCCCCGUCGCCGCCACUUGCGGCCCCGGCCCCGCCCCGGCCAUGCCCUGUCGCCAGCCGCGGCGCACCGGGGGCACGUGCACGGCCCCCCCCCCCUUUUCCCGUCGCCUAUCGAGGCGACCUGAGGCGGCCCGUCGCCGCCCCUAUCGGCCCCGUCGCCGCCGCCAGCGGCCCCGUCGCCGACCUCUCAAGCCCCUUGUGGCCCCUUCGCGGCCUCGUCGCCGCCCCUAUCGGCCCCGUCGCCGCCGCCUACGGCCCCGUCGCCGCCCCUAACGGCCCCGUCUCCGCCCCUUUUGGCCCCGUCGCCGCCGCCAGCGGCCCUGUCGCCGAUCCUAGCGGCCCCGUCGCCGCUAGCGGCCCCGUCGCCGACCGUAGCGGCCCCGUCGCCGACCGUAGCGGCCCCGUUGCCGCCCCUAUCGGCCCCGUCGCCGCCUCCAGCGGCCCCGUCGCCGCCACUUACGGCCCCGGCCCCGCCCCGGCCAUGUCCCGCGGCCCUGUCGCCGCCCCUAUUGGCCCCAUCGCCGCCGCCAGCGGCCCUGUCGCCGACCUCUCAGGCCCCUCGCGGCCCCUUCGCGGCCUCGUCGCCGCCCCUAUCGACCCCGUCGCCGCCGACUGCGGCCCCAUCGCCGCCCCGAACGGCCGCGUCGCUGCCCCUUUCGGCCCCGUCGCCGCUGCCAGCGGCCCCGUCGCCGACCCUAGCGGCCCCGUCACCGACCCUAGCGGCCCCGUCGCCGCCCCUAUCGGCCCCGUCGCCGCCUCCAGCGGCCCCGUCACCGCCACUUGCGGCCCCGUCGCCGCCCCUUUCGGCCCCUCCUCGACCCUGCCCCGGCCCCGCCCCGGCCAUGCCCCCCCCGUCGCCGCCGCCAGCGGCCCCGUCGCCGACCUCUCAGGCCCCUCGCAGCCCCUUCACGGCCCCGUCGCCGCCCUUAUCGGCCCCGGUGCCGCAGCCUACGGCCCCGUCGCCGCCCCUAACGGCCCCGUCGCCGCCCCUUUCGGCCCCGUCGCCGCCGCCAGCGGCCCAGUCGCCGACCCUAGCGGCCCCGUCGCCGCCAGCGGCCCCGUCGCCGACCCUAGCGGCCCCAUCGCCGCCAGCGGCCCCGUCGCCGACCCUAGCGACCCCGACACCGCCCCUAUCGGCCCCAUCGCCGCCUCCAGCGGCCCCGUCUCCGCCACUUGCGGCCCUUGUGUCUCAUAA